CGGAAGUCCGGCUCGGGUUUGCAGCGUGCGGCUGCCGAGUCGGUUGUGUCUCUUUGCGGAUUUCACGCUGCGGACACCCCCGGCGCUGGCCGGGCGGUCAGACGGGGGGCAGGGUUUGACGAGGUGGCGAGAGAGCAUCCCCCUCCCCCCGGAUCCCCGGCCGCUGUGUGAGCUCGGGGCUCAGGGCUUCCCCCGGAAUCCCCGGCUCGCGGGUGGCUGAGGGCUUCCCCCGGAAUCCCCGUGAGCUCGCAGGGGGAGGGGAGGGCUCCCCCCCGGGGUCCCCAGCACGGCGCUGAGGUGCGCGGCGCUGCUGCUCUGUUACUUCGCGGCCCUUUUAGAGCUGCGGAGGAUGUGGAGCAGCAAAUACCUGAGAAGCCCCCUGACCCGCGCCCUGCUCCUCAACGCGCGGAGCCGGCACAGCGACGACCCCGAAAGGAUGCAGUGGUACACGUGUGACACGGAGUCGCUCCCCGCGCAUCUGCGGCCGCGGUUCGUUCAGAGUCACCUGGACGCUGGGACCCAGGCAUUCCUGAAGCAGUGCUCGGAAAAGUCCAGCUGGCUCUUUGUCCAGAUGUACUACUCCCUCGUCACCUCGGUCUUCGGCUUCUUCAUGUCCAAAACCUCCAUUAACGGCCUACUGGGACGAGGCUCGAUGUUUGUGUUCUCGGAGGCACAGUUACUCGGUCUGCUGCAGGAGGGUCCUGACUGGAGGGCCGGCCGGAUGCUGGAUCUCGGAGCCGGUGACGGCGAGGUCACCAACGUUAUCCGCCCUCACGUGGAUGAGGUUUACGUCACCGAGGUGUCCCCCACCAUGAAGUGGCAGCUGAGGAAGAAACGGUUCAGGGUGCUGGAGAUCGAUGAGUGGCAGAAUACGGGCUUUCAGUAUGACAUCGUCAGCUGCCUGAACCUGCUGGACCGCUGUGACCGGCCCCUCACUUUGCUGCGGGACAUCCGGAGCGUGCUGGAGCCCCACAGGGGCCGCCUGCUGCUGGCCGUGGUCUUGCCCUUCCAGCCCUAUGUUGAGAAUGGUGGGAAGUGGGAGAGACCCUCAGAGCGACUGGAGGUGUCGGGGGACACGUGGGAGGAGCAGGUGUCCAGCUUCAGCCGUGACGUUCUGGACCGUGUGGGCUUUGCCAUUGAGUCCUUCACCCGCCUGCCCUACCUGUGUGAGGGCGAUCUGUACAACGAGCACUAUGUGCUGGAUGACGUGGUCUUCGUGCUGACCCCCGUGUAGGGUGCUCUCCUCCGCCUUCCCCUCCCUCCCUCCCUCCCUCCUCCUCCGCUCUUCCUGUCUCCACCACCUCCCUCACGUCCUCCUCACCCCCUUUCCAUCCUCCUCCACCUCACCUGUCCCGGCUCCCCACCCCCAUUUUGCCCCCUUUACACUCCCACCCAUCCCCCACCAUAGAGGGUGUGUCACCAGGCCCUCUCAAAAGCACGCGCAUCGGGCACACGAUGACGUUGCUGGCAUGCGUGCAGCGGAGGGGAUGUCACCCUGCCCCACGGAAGUCGCGAGCAGAGCCACGGUGGGGACUGACAAUCAGCUGACAAGGAGCCAAGGGGUCUGGCGGGGGGGCUCGAACCCCGUGUCUCAGUACAGUCACAAGCCUCUGCCUUAAUCCGACACUAUCAGUGGGUAUUUUACAGACUCGCCCACAUUGUGCUGUUUUGGAGAGUUUUUACAAACUGUUUCAACUAUAAAAACGUGUUUUGUGUUGACCUUCUGAAUGUCAUUCUUGAAACCGUGUCAAUGCAAACUGCGCAACUCAACAUCGAAUUUAACCACAAGACGUGAAGUCAAAGUCAGGCUAAGCUUAUUACCACAGUCUGAGUGAGAUCGCUUGUCGAGUACGAUGUUCUCCUGAGGCAUUGUCCUCAGGUGGCUGUGGGACCCACAUGAUCCGGGAUGUCAGGGUGGGUUCCUCAAUGGGGAAUGCCUGUGAGUGACGUUGUUUAACGUGGGGAGGCUGAUGCACAGGCAGCCGCCACACGGUCCUGGACGGAUCACGGUCAGGGUCCAGUGACACGGAAUGCAAGACGACUGGGGACCGGUCACUGCUGCUGCCUUCCUCCAUGUCGUCAUCUCCCAGCAGCUCUGCAGUUGAAGUCUUGGUUGGAUCGCUCUUUGUCUGGACCCUCUCUCUCUUGACCUCACCGUUAUGGGUGAUCCCACCCGGAGCUAAUUGCCAAACUCCCAACAACAUCACUGUCGGGAUCUCGGCAACUCCCCACCAGAACAAGGUGAUGAUUCUCGGACAGGUAUUAUCAAACUGGGUCUAUGUCUCCUUGAAAUUCAUUUUCAGAAUCACCGGGAUAUGCCGUGAAAUUUGUUGUUUUGCAGCAGCAGUACAAUGCAAAAGAUAAUAACAAGACCUGUAAUUUACAGUAAGUAUGUGUCUCAAUAUUGGUGAUAGGAGCACUUGGAGCUGCGACACUGGGACUGGGCGAGAGGCUCCAACAAAUCCUGGGAACAACGUGUGAGAUCUCGGUCCGAAGAGCACACUACUAGGAACAGCAAGGACACGGCAGCAAACCCUCCAGCUUCCAGGCUGGUAGAAGGGAAAAAUACACACACACACACACACACACACCGCCCAUAAGGGGUGAGAAAAACUAAAAUAUAUUACAAGUUAGAUUAAGCAGAUAGUGCAAAAAAGGGAAGUGUUCAUGGGUUCAAAGUCCGUUCAGAAAUCAGAUGGCAGAGGGGGAAGAAGCUGUUCCUGAAUCGCUGAGUGACACGUGGGCGUUUACAGGAAAAUAAAGAAUACAAUAGAAUUUAUGAAACAUCAUACAAAAAGAAAGACUGAUAACCAAUGUGCAAAAGAAGAAAAAUCAUAAAAAUAAUUAAUAAAGUAAAUAAAUAAUACUUAGUGCGUGAGUUGUAGGGUCCCUGGAAGUGAGUACACAGGUUGUGGAACCAGUUCAGGUGAGCGUAGCUGUCCACACUGGUUCAGGAGCCUAAUGGUGGGGAGGGAUUUUCCUGUGACGGACUGGGCUGUAUCCUCCACUUUCGUAGGCUUCUCCAUGCUUGGAGAUCAGUGUUCCAUACCAGGCUGUGAUGCAACCAGUCAGGAUACUCUUCACUCCACAUCCAGGGAAAUUUGUCAAGGUUUUAGAUGACAUGCAGAACCUUCACAAGUACUGUAUCAUCAAUACUGAUACAUUAAAUGUUUAGUAUCUUACAUUCCUGACAUGAAAUGUGUUAAGUUUGGAGGCACUCGUUUUAAGAUAAGAAAGGGUUAAGUGAUUACAGGGCUUACAGUUAAACGUUACU